AGAUGAGGCUCGCGUCCAGCGCGGCAUGCGCUGCAGCGGCUCUGCGGAGCGCCGGGGCCCCGCUGUGCGCAUCCCGCGACCCUAGAGGCCUACGACCCGCCGGCGCGCCAUGGCCACGCUGCCGAGCGCAGAGCGCCGAGCUUUCGCGCUCAAGAUCAACAGGUAUUCUUCUGCGGAAAUAAGGAAACAGUUUACCCUCCCACCAAACCUUGGCCAGUACCAUCGACAAAGCAUAAGUACCUCUGGCUUCCCCUCUCUUCAGCUACCUCAGUUCUAUGACCCCGUGGAGCCAGUGGACUUUGAAGGACUUCUGAUGACACACCUGAACAGCCUGGAUGUGGAGCUUGCCCAGGAGCUGGGAGACUUCUCCGAGGACGACUUGGAUGUGGUGUUCACACCGAAGGAAUGUCGAACUUUGCAGCCUUCUUUACCGGAGGAAGGGGUUGAACUCGACCCACACGUCAGGGACUGUGUUCAGACCUAUAUUCGGGAGUGGCUAAUUGUGAAUCGGAAGAACCAAGGAAGUUCAGAGAUUUGCAGCUUUAAAAAGACUGGAUCCAGAAAAGAUUUUCACAGGACGCUUCAGAAACAGACGUUUGAGUCAGAAACCUUGGAGUGCAGUGAACCCAGCGCUCAGGCAGGUCCCCGCCACCUGAACGUGCUGUGUGAUGUCUCUGGGAAAGGUCCCAACACUGCCUGUGACUUUGACCUCCGUAGCCUGCAGCCUGACCCGAGGCUGGAAAACCUUGUACAGCAAGUGAGCGCUGAGGACUUCGAGAAGCAGAAUGAGGAGGCGCGGAGGACCAAUCGGCAGGCCGAGCUCUUUGCCCUUUACCCGUCAGUGGAUGAGGAGGAUGCUGUGGAAAUACGUCCGGUACCAGAAUGUCCCAAGGAACAUCUGGGAAACAGAAUAUUGGUCAAGUUGCUGUCCCUGAAGUUUGAGAUAGAAAUUGAGCCUCUGUUUGCCAGCAUUGCCCUCUAUGAUGUUAAAGAAAGGAAAAAGAUCUCAGAAAAUUUUCACUGUGACCUGAACUCUGACCAGUUUAAAGGAUUUCUGCGUGCUCACACACCCUCUGUUGCCACAUCCAGUCAGGCAAGAUCUGCGGUGUUCUCGGUCACCUACCCAUCCUCGGACAUCUACCUAGUAGCUAAGAUUGAAAAAGUUCUUCAGCAGGGAGAGAUUGGAGACUGUGCAGAACCCUACAUGGUUAUCAAAGAAAGUGAUGGCGGAAAGAGUAAAGAAAAGAUUGAAAAACUAAAACUUCAAGCUGAAUCCUUCUGCCAGCGUUUGGGGAAAUACCGGAUGCCCUUUGCUUGGGCUCCCAUAAGCUUAGCAAGUUUCUUCAAUGUCUCUACCCUGGACAGGGAGGUAACCGAUGUGGAGUCCAUGGUUGGGAAAGCCUCUGCGGGUGAGCGAAGAACUUUGUCCCAAUCUCGAAGACUUUCUGAAAGAGCCUUCUCCUUGGAGGAAAAUGGGGUUGGAUCCAACUUCAGGACUUUAACCGUUACCAGCUUUUUCAAGCAGGAGGGAGAUCGCCUCAGUGAUGAAGACUUAUUCAAGUUUUUAGCUGACUACAAAAGAUCUUCAUCCCUACAGAGAAGAGUCAAGUCAAUUCCAGGCUUGCUCAGACUGGAGAUAGCUCUGGCUCCAGAGACCAUCAAUUGCUGUCUGACUCCUGAGAUGCUGCCAGUGAGGCCCUUUCCUGAGAACCGGGGACGCCCACACAAAGAGAUACUGGAAUUUCCAAUCCGAGAAGUAUAUGUCCCUCAUACUGUGUACAGAAACCUUCUCUAUGUCUACCCACAGAGGCUGAACUUUGCUAACAAACUAGCGUCUGCCCGGAACAUCACAAUCAAAAUCCAGUUUAUGUGUGGAGAGGAUGCCAGCAGUGCUAUGCCGGUCAUCUUUGGAAAAUCCAAUGGCCCUGAAUUUCUGCAGGAAGUGUACACAGCCGUUACAUACCAUAACAAGUCUCCUGACUUCUAUGAAGAAGUGAAAAUUAAGCUCCCUGCUAAGCUUACAGUAAAUCACCACCUCCUGUUCACCUUCUAUCAUAUCAGCUGUCAGCAGAAGCAAGGAAACUCAGUAGAAAGUCUCCUGGGAUAUUCAAUACCAGUGUCAGCAGUCUUUCCCUCCUGUUUCCUGUGCUGCCUUCUUUGCCCACACAUUCUGCUGCCGUCCACUCGUUUAAAGGAGCCCAGUGAACGCUCCCUUCUGCCUGCACCAGCACCAAUUCUCAUGCUUCUCGUUCUGGUUGCUGGUCAGUGGCCAGGACUCCUUGUCCCUGCCCCCAAAGAAUGUUCCACCUCAAGUUCAUCAAGGACCCACUGUGGGGCCACCCAUUUUUCUCUUGGUUCCUCAGCCAACUUCUCUCAGUUUGCCUUCGAGUCCGUGGUGGUCACCGCCAACAGUCUGCACAACAGCAAGGGCCUGGGCAAGGACCAGCAUGGAAGAAACUGCCUGCUGGCCUCUUACGUGCACUAUGUCUUCCGCCUGCCGGAGCCGCAGAGAGACAUGCCCAAGUCAGGCGGCCCCGCGGUCCUCCCGGACCCUCGCUACCACACGUAUGGACGCACAUCUGCUGCGGCUGUGAGUUCGAAGCUGCUACAGGCCCGGGUGAUGAGCAGCAGUAACCCAGACCUCGCGGGGACGCACUGUGCCGCAGAUGAGGAAGUUAAGAACAUUAUGUCUUCAAAGAUUGCUGAUCGCAGCUGCAACCGGAUGUCUUACUAUUGCUCCAGCAAUAGUGAUGCUCCAAGUUCAACAACAGCCCCCAGGCCAGUCAGCAAAAAGCAUUUCCAUGAGGAGCUUGCCCUACAGAUGGUGGUCAGCACUGGAAUGGUGAAAGAAACAGUCUUCAAGUACUCCUGGUUCUUCUUUGAGCUUCUGGUGAAAAGCAUGGCCCAGUAUGUACAUAACAUGGACAAGCGGGACAAUUUUCGGAGGACUCGUUUUUCUGACCGUUUCAAAGAUGACAUAACUACUAUUGUUAAUGUGGUCACCUCGGAGAUUGCAGCCCUUUUAGUAAAACCUCAGAAGGAAACUGAACAGGCGGAAAAGAUCAACAUCAGCCUGGCUUUCUUCUUGUAUGACCUCCUCUCCCUCAUGGAUCGUGGCUUUGUGUUUAACCUCAUCAAACAUUAUUGCAGCCAGCUGUCAGCCAAGCUCAACAACCUUCCAACACUCAUUUCCAUGAGGCUGGAGUUCCUGAGAAUUCUCUGCAGCCAUGAGCAUUACCUCAAUCUGAACCUCUUCUUCAUGAAUGCGGAUACUGCUCCAGCAUCUCCCUGUCCCUCCAUAUCUUCCCAGAACUCCAGCUCCUGUUCCAGUUUCCAGGACCAGAAGAUUACUAGCAUGUUCGACCUGACUCCGGAGUACCGCCAGCAGCACUUCCUCACCGGGCUUCUCUUCACCGAGCUGGCCACCGCCCUGGAUGCUGAAGGGGAAGGGAUCAGCAAGGUACAAAGGAAAGCUGUCAGUGCCAUCCACAGCCUGCUGAGUUCUCACGACCUGGACCCACGUUGUAUGAAGCCAGAGGUGAAGGUCAAAGUCGCUGCCCUCUACCUGCCCUUGGUUGGUAUCAUUUUGGAUGCUUUGCCACAGCUCUAUGACUUUACAGCUGCAGAAGCUCGAGGUGGAAAAAAUCGUGCCAAUGGCUCAGAUGAAGAACAAGAAGGGACCAGUGCAAUUAAUCAGAAUGUGGCAUUGGCUAUAGCUGGAAAUUUCAAUUUGAAGACAAGUGGAACAAUGUUGUCUUCCCUGCCCUACAAGCAGUACAACAUGCUGAAUGCUGACACGACCCGAAACCUCAUGAUCUGCUUCCUGUGGAUCAUGAAAAAUGCUGACCAGAGCCUCCUUAGGAAGUGGAUUGCCGACCUGCCAUCCAUGCAGCUAAACAGGAUUUUAGAUCUCCUUUUCAUCUGUGUCUCGUGUUUUGAAUACAAGGGAAAACAGAGUUCUGACAAAGUCAGUACCCAAGUUCUGCAGAAGUCGAGGGAUGUCAAGGCCAGGCUGGAAGAGGCUUUGCUCCGUGGGGAAGGGGCCCGAGGGGAGAUGAUGCGGCGCUGCCGGACUCCAGGGAAUGACCGAUUUCCAGGCCUAAAUGAAAAUUUGAGAUGGAGGAAAGAGCAGACACAUUGGCGGCAAGCUAAUGAGAAGCUAGAUAAAACAAAGGCAGAGUUAGAUCAAGAAGCCUUGAUCAGUGGCAAUCUGGCUACAGAAGCAAAUUUAAUCAUCCUUGAUAUGCAGGAAAACAUUAUCCAGGCAAGCUCGGCUCUGGACUGCAAAGACAGCCUUCUGGGAGGAGUGCUGAGGGUCCUUGUGAAUUCUCUGAGCUGUGAUCAGAGCACCACAUACCUAACUCACUGCUUUGCGACACUCCGUGCUCUCAUUGCCAAGUUCGGCGACUUGUUGUUUGAGGAGGAAGUGGAGCAGUGUGCAGACUUGUGUCAGCGAGUGCUGCAUCACUGCAGCAGCAGCAUGGACGUCACCCGCAGCCAAGCCUGCGCCACGCUCUACCUCCUCAUGAGGUUCAGCUUUGGAGCCACCAGCAACUUUGCAAGAGUAAAGAUGCAAGUAACCAUGUCUCUGGCAUCUUUGGUGGGAAAAGCACAAGACUUUAAUGAGGAGUACCUGAGAAGAUCCUUGAGGACAAUUCUGGCCUAUGCAGAAGAGGACACAGCCAUGCAGACCACUCCUUUUCCCAUGCAGGUGGAAGAACUUCUCUGCAAUCUGAAUAGCAUCUUAUAUGACACAGUGAAAAUGAGGGAAUUUCAGGAAGAUCCUGAGAUGCUUAUGGAUCUCAUGUACAGAAUUGCCAAGAGUUACCAGGCAUCUCCUGAUCUGCGGCUGACCUGGCUCCAGAACAUGGCAGAGAAACACACCAAGAGGAAGUGCUACACGGAGGCCGCCAUGUGCCUGGUCCACGCGGCUGCUUUGGUGGCCGAGUAUCUGAGCAUGUUGGAGGACCACAGCUACCUGCCCGUGGGCAGCGUCAGCUUUCAGAAUAUUUCUUCCAACGUGCUGGAGGAGUCUGCCGUCUCUGAUGACACCCUGUCGCCUGAUGAGGAUGGGGUGUGCUCCGGCCGGUACUUCACGGAGAGCGGCCUGGUGGGCCUACUGGAGCAGGCGGCCGAGCUCUUCAGCACGGGAGGACUGUACGAGACGGUUAAUGAGGUCUACAAGCUGGUCAUCCCCAUCCUGGAGGCUCAUCGAGACUUCCGGAAGCUGACCUCCACCCAUGAAAAGCUGCAGAAGGCCUUCGACAGCAUCAUUAGCAAGGGUCAUAAGAGGAUGUUUGGAACCUACUUCCGAGUUGGUUUCUAUGGAUCCAAAUUUGGGGAUUUGGAUGAGAAGGAAUUCGUUUACAAAGAGCCUGCAAUUACCAAGCUUCCUGAGAUCUCUCACAGACUAGAGGCAUUUUAUAGUCAAUGUUUUGGUGCAGAAUUUGUGGAAGUGAUAAAAGACUCUGCUCCUGUGGACAAAACCAAGUUGGACCCUAACAAGGCCUACAUACAGAUCACUUUCGUGGAGCCCUACUUUGAUGAGUAUGAGAUGAAAGACAGGCUAACCUACUUUGAGAAGAACUUCAACCUGCGGAGGUUCAUGUACACCACCCCCUUCACCCUGGAGGGCCGGCCUCGGGGCGAGCUACAUGAGCAGUACCGGCGGAACACCGUCCUGACCACCAUGCACGCCUUCCCCUACAUCAAGACCAGGGUCAGCGUCGCCCAGAAGGAGGAGUUUGUUUUGACACCAAUUGAAGUUGCCAUUGAAGACAUGAAGAAGAAGACUCUGCAGUUAGCAGUUGCCGUUAACCAGGAGCCUCCUGAUGCCAAGAUGCUUCAGAUGGUGCUGCAAGGCUCUGUCGGAGCUACUGUCAAUCAGGGACCACUGGAAGUAGCCCAAGUAUUUUUGGCUGAAAUUCCAGCUGACCCAAAACUUUAUCGGCAUCACAACAAGUUGAGAUUAUGCUUUAAGGAAUUCAUAAUGCGAUGUGGGGAAGCCGUAGAGAAAAACAAGCGUCUCAUCACGGCAGAUCAGAGGGAGUAUCAGCAGGAACUUAAGAAGAACUACAACAAGCUGAAAGAGAACCUCCGACCAAUGAUCGAGCGGAAAAUUCCGGAACUCUACAAGCCAAUAUUCAGAGUUGACAGUCAAAAGAGAGACUCCUUCCACAGAUCCAGUUUCAGGAAAUGUGAAACCCAGUUGUCACAGGGCAGCCAAGAAAAACUAUCCUACCCAGGAAGACUGGAGGCUCUGUGACCCUGGAGAAGGACCCGCUGGUACCUAAAACAGGAUAUUUGCCACACAGGAUACACCACACGCUCCCUGAGCGGACGUACUCUGGAAGUUUUGGGACCCAAGUGACCGUGGGAGUUACACGCAAAUGGGGUGCGACCAGACUUCGGACAUUUGGCAGAUGGAGAUGCUGGAGGCUGGUUCAUCAGGGGUGCCUGUGUUAUUUGUUAAGGCGUGCUUUUUCACGUAAUUGUACAAAACAAGGCAUAAAUAGCAUCUCCUGCUGAGUGGUCAGGCACUGCCUAGCCAAGGGAUGACUUCCUCCCAUCUGUUUUUGAGUUUAACCUAUAUUUAGAUAAACCCAAAUUGCCCAAGGGAAAAUGGAAAAGUUAUCCACCAACCUAUUCAGAGUGAACUUGUCCAUCCCCUUUUUAUGGGAAAAAGCUGAACUUGUUGGAGUACAAACAUUCCAAUAAAUCUGUGAGGGGAAGGCUUACUAGAAAUCAAAAGAUCAUGAAGGCUAGAAAUCUGGGAUCAAUUAUUUGUGAACUUGAUUCCCUUUUGGUAAUGGUAGACUAAUUGUUGUACAGUUAUUUUUGCUUUUUUGUUCUGUUACGUUGUUAAUUUAACACACUUUAGAGAGGUGCACACUCCAGCACUGAUGUAGGAGAUACAUGGUACUCUGAGUGACCCGCUCCAAGUUGCAGAUGAUGCAUUUACUAAAAUUGAAACAAUUCUCCUCUAAAGCAUGGCUUUUUUUUCUUACGCUGACUCUUGGUAUCACUUUUUAUUCUCUUCUCUGGGACCAAGUUUAUUUUUAUAAAAGAAUAAUACUUCUGCUUUCAUUUCUGAGCAUCUUGCUGUUUGUCAGCAUGUGUACAUCAGCUAGAGAAUAUAUUCAGCUUUGGAUUCUUUGGAGAAAGAUGAACAAAGUUAUUAUUUGAGAAUUAAAUUAUAUAUUUUUAAUGUGACUGAUUACCUUGACUGGUACUGAAAACAUUAUAAGAAUUGCAAGCAAAAUGUUUCCUUUUGCAACUCCUUUUUUUUAAUUUUGACAACUCACAACUCUUCGGUAAAGCAUUUCAGAGAAGAAAGAUGCCUGAUUAUGGCCUUGGUCAAACAGUGCUAUCCAGGGUCACACCUCAUAUAUAAUAUUUAGUCUUAGUGGUCAUGAGAGAGAAUUUCAUUUGGAUGUCACACAACUUUUUCAUUUAUAUCAUCAGGUAUGCAUGAAUUUAUAUUCUGAAAGAGGACAUUUUUCUUUUAAUUACUGAAACUUACUAGUUUAAAUGGCAAACCUUUUGUUCUUUAGACAUUUGGGGGAGAACUCUUCCUAAAGUACAUGGUGUAUUUAAUUGUUUUCUUAAAUGAGUACAUAUGACAUGCUUUA